AUGGCCUUUAGAAUCUUGCACUACGUGCAUCAUCUAAAAUCUUUGAGUACCGCACACGCAAUUCGAGUAUUGGAGUCGUAUAUUGUCCUGAGACUUGCUUCAAGCGACGAACACGCAUGGACCGAAAAGGCCAUCAUCACAUUGAUCUGGCUCAUAACAGCGGAAGGCGAGGGUCAGAGCAGCGUCGACAUGCUGUUUCUUGAAGGGACAUUCGAGAAGAUCUACCGAGCCUGGAAUAAAGCUCUCAGUGCAGAGGCUACGCACGGUGCAUUGAUUCUUUUCUGGAAGCGGAUCGAGCAUACCUUCGACCACGGAUUGAAAGAGAUCACUAUUAAAUGGUGCCAAGUUGCAUUGCAUCAACUGUUUUGUAAGGCUGGAGAUCACAACGUGGGCAAAAUUGAAAGGAGAAUAGUCAAAUGUCAAAUCGAUCUCCGCAACUUUGAAGCCGCUUUUGCAGCCCUCGAAACGAUGUCGCCAGCGAGAAAACAGCAUCCCCUUUCUCGAUACCUGCGAUACUGUCUCGCUCUGCGGCGUGGGGAUGAAGUUGACGCGAGAUCAACACUGGCCUCUCUUGCCACAGUCCAUGAUGACCGGAACAAGCUCUUGUUUGCCGCCGUUUCGGAAGCAACGCAAUAUGGUAGCAAAUUACAGGGAGCGCAACUCCUCCAGCGCGUUCUGGACAAAUACAACGACAACCUGCCACCGGAGAUAGAUGCAUCUGCCCUUCUGAGAUGUACAGCUCGCCUUCUCCUUCUAGCAGUUUCAGAAGCCGACGACCUCGAUGAAGAACUUCUGUCUCGGUUAUGCGGCAUCUUCAAGUCCGCGGUGUCCUUUACGCAAAAGCAACAGGUUAGCGAAGAAACGACCAUGGAACAUCGACUACAAGAAAGCAGGUGGUUUGAGAAGACCAGCUACAACACUGCCGUACAAUACCUCCGGUCAUGGCCGACGAAAUAUGUCAUUGACCUUUUGCACUAUUCGUGCCAAAUGCACUUGCCCACGCAUGCUCCAAGCCAGGUUCAAUAUGAGAAGCACAUCCAUGAGACUGGUGCAAAGUACAUCCAAGCGAUCCUGUACACUGUCCAGGCGAGGUCGGCAGCCACGUUGCCUACAGCAGAAGACAUUCCUAAGACGGCGUAUUCGGGAAAGGCACCACCACAUUCGCCGACAGAAAUCAAGUCUACUUUGUACAGAAAUGUCUUUGCCACGUACUCGGAAAUUCGAACUCAUCUGAACGCCUUACGUGAGGGCUCCAGUACAGGCCUCGUCGAGCAGGAGGUUCUCGAGGGGAUCACGCAGAAACUCAUUGUCUUGACACCCCUGGCGUUCGAAGCACUGCUCUUCCUCGUGGGUACCAGUACCGCAGAUGUUUCUGGCCCAACCCCGGUUCAACACGAUUUCUCGCUUGCUGAAAUGGUGGACCAAAUGGUACUCCUGAACCCGCCGCAGAAGACGUACUCGCUUUUCGCCGACAUGAUCCUCUCCGCCUCCAUGAGCGGCGGCCUCGAGUCUACCGAGCCGUCCCAGCCGUCCGGGCCAGAGUCUUCGACUCCGACUGUGCUACUGCCAGUCUCGACAACGACGAAUCUGCUCGCGAAGCUGAUAUCCGGGUUGCGAAACCACCCGGAUUACGACAGCAACCGGGCCGCGAGAUGGAUGAGGUGUAUGGUUCAAAUCGUUCUCGACCGCAGGCGAGAUUCGCGACCCCAAAAUCAGUAUCAGUCCGGGAAGAAUCUGAGCACCGUGGCGAGAAUCACCGAGCAUGCCCUGGACCUGGCAACGUCCGCUGCUUCUUCUGCUGCCGCCGGCGGGAACGACUACCCACCGGAAGAACUGGAGUGGCUGGCCGUCACGUUAUUCAAUCUCGCCAUCGAUCUCUACGCCUUACCACCACCACUACCAGCAGCGUCAUGCUCAGCCUCGGACUCUGCACCAGCCGACCACGACGAGCAUAUCCCGGAACACAAAAACAACAAACACAAGAACAAAAAUCAAGGCAGCAGCAGCAGUAGUAGCAGUGGUGAGAUAGUUACGCUGCCGCAGUUCUGGGCGAGGAAAGCCGUGGCUGUCGCGGACGUUCUUGUCAUGAUGAAUACCGCGACCGCGAGGGCCGGAGUCGGAGAUAGCGACGUUGGAGCCCUCGCAACAGUCCUCCGAGAAAGAUGCCAGAGACUGCACUGGGACGUGUGA